AUGACUAACGAAAUAAAAUCGAUUAUACAAUCAACAUUUCGUUUGAGAGGACUUGAUGUAAAACUCGAUGGAUCACAAUAUUUGUUAGAUCUUGCAUCGAAAAUACCAUCGACUUCUCUCACAUUUUGGUUAGAUCAACUUAUUGAUCUUCUUACAAAACGAAAUCUUUCAUCAUCAAUCAUUGACAAAGAUACAGUUGUUCUUGUUGUUAAUGAACUUGACGCACAAUUAUCAGCUGAUUCCCAUAAUGAAGGUUUAUUUUCUGUGAUAAAUGCAUUUUCCAUGCCAAAGUAUGUUUAUUCCAGGACAACAAAAAAAUUCAUUAAAAAGGAAAUUGAUUCAGAUUUAUUUGGUAGUGCAAAAACACGUUCAGAAGUGUUUUGGGAGCGUUAUGAUCUAUUGUUACAAAGAACACUUCGACAUGAUGUCUUUUCGCAACUAAAUCUUGCACCUGGAUUAACUAACAAAUCGCAAAGAUAUCAGUUGAAAAAUAUUGAACAUUUAUUAGCAGCCGGUUCAAAAUCCGAAAAAGUUGUUGUAUUGGGAAUGUUAUCACAAUUGCAUGAAACAAAGUACGAUUUACAAGAUCCAUCGGGUGUUAUUUCAGUGAAUUUAAUUGAUGCCGUAUUUCAUCAUGGGUUUUAUUUUGAAAAUUGCUUUGUAUUAGCCGAAGGUUAUAUUGAUGACGGUAUUUUUCAAGUAUCAGCUAUCGGGCUUCCACCACCUGAAACACAAACAAUAACCAGAUCCUACUUUGGCGAUAUUAAUUUAACAGGAAAUUUACAUGAUACUAGUCAAAAAACAAAACUUCGUCUUAAAGAAAUUGAAGAAAAAACUGAUGAUGCAUUUGUUUUUUUAUCCGAUGUUUGGUUUGAUGAUAAAAAAGUUAUGGAACAAAUUCAAAUAUUAUUUCAAGGUUUUGCUGAAGAUCCACCAUUUGCUUUUAUUUUUUGCGGAAAUUUUUUAUCUCGUCCAACGUCUAAUUUAUAUAUUAAUGACUUGGCAGAUGCUUUUAAAAAAUUUACUCAACUUGUCUCACAAUAUUCAACUCUAUGUGAAAAAGCUCAUUUUGUUUUUGUUCCUGGACCACAAGAUCGUCAUUGCUCAAAAAUAUAUCCACGUGCCCCAUUUCCAUCCAGUAUCCAAGAUAUACUGAAAAAACGUCUACGUCAUGUUCAUUUAACAACAAAUCCGGUGCGAAUUCAAUAUUGCACACAAGAAAUUGUUAUAUUUCGAGAAGAUUUAUUACAAAAAUUAUGCCGUUAUUGUAUCAAAUUACCAACUGAUAAUUAUCCAAAUCAUCUAUGUCGUACAAUUAUCUCUCAAGGUCAUUUAUCACCAUUACCCGUAUAUAUGACGCCAAUCUAUUGGCCAUAUGAUCAUUCAUUAUAUCUAUAUCCAUUACCCGAUCUCAUUGUAUUUUGUGAUAAAUUUGCAUCCGUUACAGAAAAUGUGGCUGAUUGUACUAUUAUCAAUCCUGGUUCAUUUGCCAUCAAUAAAUAUUGUUUUAAAGUCUACAUUCCAUCCACAAGAGAUGUCGAAGAUAGUCAGAUUAAUCCUACACAUUGA